AUGGAUCUAUUGACAUUCCUGAUAAUAGUGUUGUUCUUAUUAAUAUUAUUAUUACUAUUCUAUACUUAUGAAUUGCGAUGGAGUAACGAUUUGCCGUUCUAUGGAUCAAAUAGCAAAUGGUAUAAGCUUCAAGAAGAGAAUAUUGGCAUUCUCAACAACUCAAAGGCUUUAUCAAAAAUUCCUUUAAGAUAUUCUGAUAAAACAGAACUCAAUUGUUCAACACCAAUGGAAGAAGUUGUUCGAAUGGGCUAUGGCAUUUGUGAGAAGAAUGGAGAUGAUGAUGAGAGCAAUAUAAUUGACUCUUCUCAUUAUAAAACUGAAGAGUUGAGAGCUGUUGAUGAAACGGAUUGUGAAACCAUUGACAACGCUGAAGAAGCUCAAGCUCUGGAUGGAUCAACUGAUAUUAUUAUUGCUGCUCCGGAAGUUCUACAAAGAGCCAUAUCCACAGAUUCUCUGGAUAGCUCGUGUUCUUUGAUCCUAACGAGAGGUCCUGAUAAUCCUACUGCUCAUCUUCUUCUUAGCUUCGAAAAAGAAAAUCAGAUGUUAUCUAUAAAACUUGAAAACCUCACUGAUGUGCAUGAAGAUUUAGGACAAGUGUGGUUACUCUUCUUUCUUUUGCCACAUCCGAAGCCACUUUGGAGAACUGAGGCAAAAACAACACCAUCUGCAUCCAUCGACUUCGGUUUAUUACUUCAACAAUGCGUUCGAGUAGACGACAUGGACAAGAUUGCUUUAUUGGUCCAACUCUACUCAAGUAAGAAUCAGUCUGCCCGAAUAGCCGGUCAGUGUAGAUUGAGAAUAAAAGAUAUUGAUAUUAUGAAGAGUGAAGAUAAGAUACCAAUUGCAUUGACUCUCAAGCCAGCUCCAGUUUAUGAUGAAAACUCGACAGAACGACUCGGAGAUGUUUUAACUCUUAUUAAUCAUCAAAAUGAUACCUUGACAAUCAUUGUCUCAAAACUGAGGGAAUUGAAACCGGAAUGCAAGAAUGUAUUCGUUCGUGUGUAUUUGGCAUUACCCAAUAGUGGAGUUUACAUGAAAAAAAAGACAAGAAGAAAGUUCUUGAUAAACGGCUUAACAGAUUUAUCUGAGACUUUCACUUUUAACAUCAGCCGAAAGAAGUUUAAGAACGCUACCAUUAGAUUAAGUAUGGUUUGCGAUAUGAAUGAUGGAUCUUCGGGAAGCAUUGGCCACAUCACUAUAAGUCGUGAAACAAGCGGAAAGGAACUGGGACAUUACUCUCGUGCUUAUUCAGAACAGCAGAACACCUUGGCUACAUGGCACUCGAUACAACCACGACGCUUGCCGUAUUAA